AUGCUGAGCAGGGUUCUGUUUGCCUGUGUGUGUCUGGGUCUGUACAGCGCAUGCUCCUCUCUGAGCUGCAGGUGGAUGGAUCAAAAAUUCAGUCAGUUCAGUGGAACAUCCUUAGACCUGCUGGAUAUGAUGGCUAAUAACUCCACUAACAGCACUGAGGCUGAGGAGAACACUGUAGGCUUCCCUCAUCAUCUGUACCACCAGGCCUCCAAAGCUUCAGCGGAGGAUAAAGUAGCGUUCAUGGUCCAGAUUCUGGAGGAGGUGUUGUCCCUGUUUGAGGAGGACCACAGCUCUUCAUCUUGGGAGGAGACCACAGAGGAGAACUUUCUCAGCGUCAUCAACCAACAGGCUGAAGAGCUCCACUCCUGCGUAGGCCACACGAAGAUGAAUGUGAAGCUGCAGAAGUAUUUCAAGAGACUGUCAGAUGAAAUCCUGAAGAAAAUGGGCCACAGCGCUGAAGCCUGGGAGCUGAUCAGGAAGGAAAUCAAAGCUCAUCUGAUCAAAGUAGACAAUCUCCCAUCUUUACUCACCAGAAACUGA